AGCAACUCGUCUACAGCAGUGGCUACCGAAGCAAAAAAGAAGGCGGACAGUUGCUCCGCGCAAUGAAAUAUAGCUUUCCUCAAGUGUAGGUUUUACCUUUAGAGGACUGUCAUUUCCUUACUUUUAAUUAAAGGAGGCACUAAACCUACCGAAAGCUUGUAGCCGGUGUGUAGUUUAACCACAACACAUCUGAGAAAACCCAAAAAGCGAGGAUGUUGGUCCCCGCGGGAAGAUAAUGAAGAGGCUGCGCGUUUUGUUGGUGUGCUUCAUUGUAGCUCUCCUGUGCUGGUACCACAGUCAACAUGUGUAUUGUUCAGAGCAGAGCUCAUCUGGCUCAGGCCUGGCUGUCCAGGACAAGGACCUGGACAGCCAGGAGCAGGACUCCACACAAAACCAGGCGGUGGAAGAGUGGACGACACAUACAUCAUAUGAAAUGGGAUUAGAGACAGAGAAGCUAGCAAACACACUAGGUGAACAGACUGUGAAUCAAGUGGAGGCUGGGACAGGGGAGACUGAACCAGAACCAGAGUUAGAGCCUACAUCUGUUGUUCCUGAGCCAGCCCCCACCCCGGAGCCCCAGGCAGACUUGGACCUGCAGACACACACACCACACAAUGACCAGGAAGCUGCAGAAUCAGAGCCAAUUCUGGACCAUGUGUCAGUAGAUGAUCUACCCCAGGCAGAGAUCCCUGGUAAACCCAGCCUGGAACCAGACUCGCAGACACCCCCUGAUGAAGCUGAACAUGUACCUACCUCACAGAGCGCUGGCUCAGCCCACACAGGUGCAGUGUGGGUUGCCAGUGCAGGAGAUGAACUCCCAGUAGACAGCUUUGUGUUUGCUGAGCACUCUGAUUCACAGUGCAGGGUCAUUCCCCUCAAACUGGCAACCUGUGAAAACUCCCCUUUUGGCAGCCCGAUCCUCAGUAAUGUGGAUGAGCCAGAGGAGCAGCCAUCAGGUCAGAGUGCUGAUUUGGAAACGGAGGUUCAGGUUGAUCCAGAGGUGGCCGACUCAAAGCAGCAGCAACGACAGGAGCUGGAAGAAGGGCUUUCCAGUUUGGUGCAGGAGGGCAACAUUUCCCUCCACCAUCACCAGCAGAUGGUGGGGGCUGAUGUUAAAACAGCCGACACCUCUGUACCAAGUAAAGAUGACUUCCACACCUUUGAUGAGUGGCGGAAGCAAGUGAUGGAGGUGGAGAAGGAGAAAAGUCAAACUCUCCAUACGUCAACCAGCAGCGGCCUCCAUCCGGUGAAGAAAGUCCAGAAAAACUUCAAGAAUAACUACGCUUCUGUGGAGUGUGGUGCCAAGAUCCUCUCUGCCAACAACGAGGCCAAGAGUACUUCAGCUAUUCUAAUGGAAAACAUGGACCUUUAUAUGUUAAAUCCAUGCAGCAACAAAAUCUGGUUUGUGAUCGAGCUCUGUGAGCCCAUCCAAGUCAAACAGCUGGACAUCGCCAACUUUGAGCUAUUCUCAUCCACGCCUAAAGACUUCCUAGUUUCCAUCAGCGACAGAUAUCCCACCAACAAGUGGGUAAAGCUGGGCACUUUCCAUGCACGUGAUGAGCGGAUCGUCCAGAGCUUCCCUCUGGAUGAACAGCUUUAUGCUAAAUAUGUGAAGAUGUUCAUCAAGUACAUAAAGAUUGAACUCCUCUCUCACUUUGGAUCAGAACACUUCUGUCCCCUCAGUCUCUUCAGGGUGUUUGGAACCAGCAUGGUGGAGGAGUAUGAGGAGAUAGCAGAUUCCCAGUAUCCCUCGGAGAGACUGGAGUACCUGGAGGAAGACUAUGACUAUCCUCUUGGCUACCAACCCUCGGAGGAGAAGGCCUCUAAAAACCUGCUGGGUUCAGCCACCAAUGCGAUUCUUAACAUGGUUAACAACAUUGCUGCUAAUGUGCUCGGUGGCAAGCCAGAGCUAGAAGGUGGAGCAGAAGCCAGAGGGAACACAACCGAAGAGGGGGAUGAAAGGCAGAGUGCAGACACUAAGCCUGAAGCUCCUGAUAACGCUGCAGAACUGGAUCCUUUAGAGCCAGAGCAGCCUGCUGUGGAGGAGGAGCAGGACUUGAAUGUCUCCAGCGACUCCUCAUUAUCCGAUUCCCGUGAGAGGAGACAGAUUGUCACGCUCGUAGAAGACGAAGAGGAUGAGGAUCUCAGGCAGACUGUCAUUCUGUUGGAGGAGGGAGAGGAGGAGGAGGAGGAGGAGAAAAGUGAAGAGAAAACAAGAAGGGAGGCUGACAGAAACCAGUGGGAGAGCCAGGCGUACUGUCCGUUCUCCUGCUUCUCCUCACUGUCCCUGUCCUGCGUGGCCACGCUGCCUGAGCUGCUUCAUCGCUGGUGCUCCUCUAGGCUGGCUAAAGAGAGACUCCGCAGCCUCAGGAGGAGACAGCUCAGCUCUGAAACACUCACUCACUCCACUGUGCACACCCCCAUCCCCACACACACACCUGCACCAAUCCCUGCUGCCCCACCUACACAGGAGACCCCUCCUCUCACACUCGACGCUCCAGAAUCUGAGGUUCUUGCUAAUGAGGGGACGCUUAUGGGUGAGAUACACACCACUGAAAUGCAAACCAACACUCAGUCACCAAAUCCACACACUCCAGACGUCACCCUCCUCCUUGAACCCAGCAGAACCUCCACAAUCCCCUCUCAUAGCUUUUCACCGGUUGAGAGCUCCCUGACUCAACCCACUCCCACACAUGAGGAGAAGCUGUUACCUCCUGGUAAAGACGCAGCUCUAGAUCCUGUCCCCACACCACCCCUCCAAACUCUCUCCAUUCCAGAGACACAGCAGGCCAGCAGUGCCAUCCUCACUCCUUCUGUCAGCUCUCCUUCACAGCCUCUGUCCUCUGAAAAAGACUCUUCUAGUGCUGUGGCUUCCUCAGUCAAAGAUCAGCCUGCUGUGUCUCUCCCCACUGCGUCCAGACCCGAGGACCUCAGCCCCCCUCCCACUGAGCUGCCAGCAGCUGUUUCACAGCCUGACCCCCCCACAGACACAGUUAAGUUAGGCAUGGACACCGGUGGGGACACACAGAGACAAAAUCUUCAGCUGUCUGAGCUCCAGGGGGAGCAGGUGGACCCGCUCUCUCAGACAGGGGAGGACUCUGUAGAGGGAGACGUGGUCCACACUAACGGGAACGUCCAGAGGACUGCUACAGACUUUUAUGCAGAGCUGCAGAGUGCAGGAGAUUAUAAUGGAGUAGCAAUAAAUGGCAAUGGAGUAUUGCUGAACGGAGGAGCCGUUCACGGGUCCAGCCAGAAGGAGAGCGUGUUCAUGAGGCUCAACAACAGGAUCAAAGCUCUGGAGAUGAACAUGAGUCUGUCCAGCAGAUACCUGGAGGAGCUGAGCCAGAGGUAUCGUAAACAGAUGGAAGAGAUGCAGAAAGCUUUCAAUAAGACCAUCAUUAAACUGCAGAACACCUCCCGCAUCGCCGAGGAGCAGGACCAGAAGCAGACCGAGUCCAUCCAGGUCCUCCAGAGCCAGCUGGAGAAUGUCACUACACUGAUGCUCAAUCUCACAGCUACCGUGAGCCAGCUGCAGCGAGAGGUCACCGACCGUCAGAGCCACCUGCUGGUCGCUCUGGUUCUGUGUCUGUUUCUGGGCCUCCUGCUGUGUCUGCAGUGCUGCCGCGGCUCGCCGCCCGGCCCCAGCACUGGCACUGUUGCCCUCCCCAAGAGCAACCACUACCCCAGCCCCAAGAGAUGCUUCUCCUCCUAUGAUGACAUGAGCCUAAAGCGCAGGGUGACCUGCCCACUCGUCCGCUCCAAGUCAUUUCAGCUCUCCUCUCCAGAACUAGGUCCAGAUGACUUGUACAUUGUAGAGCCUCUAAGGUUUUCUCCAGAGAAAAAGAAAAAACGUGGCAAGACAAAGUCCCUGGACAAAGUUGAGACCCUUAAACCAUUCGAUCCGUCUGUGCUUUUCACAAAUGAGGACCUGAAGUGUAAUGGCUUCCACCCCAGCCUCCCGGCGCUCCCACCCCCACCUCCUUUACUGCCUCCCCCUCCUCCCCCACCGCCACCACUUCCAUCAGUGGAUCAGGUGUCGUCUUUGCCCUCUUGUUCUUCUAAAGAGGUUCCCUCAGAAACCAGUAGCUGCAGCUCCUCCACCCAUUCUGAGGAAUCGUACACAAGCCGCCUCCCUCCGCCCUCCCCCAUCUACCCCUCCGCUGACAUGUGCAAUGGCCACGGCCUCUCCUUUCCCCUCGCCAAAUCCCGCCAGGAGAAACGUUGGACGAAGCGACGGAAGUCUCGACAGACCGAGCUGCAGUUCCCUCAUGAGCCUGGGGGUGGCGUUGGCUCUCUGCCCAGUCUGCAGGAACUGAUGAAGGGAAACAAGGAGCUGAACGUCAGGACCAUCGGGGUGACCGCUGUCCCCGGACACGCCUGAAACCUCUCACUUCACCUUCACACGACCUUUGGUUCUCUGGAAGGUAGCAGACUUAUUUGGAGAAGAACUUCAAGCAAUUUCCAAAGAACUACAUUUCCCAUGAGCCCCCUGAAGGUACCGUAGAACCUCAGUGGGUUUAGUUCAACACCAUCCCGCCCCUGUCCACUCCUGUAAGAGAACUGUUUACAGUUAUGUGCCUUUAUUUCUGUUCUAGACACUCAAACCUUCACAUAUAAAUACUAUGAUGGGGAACGACACGUCACCUUUAUCUGAAAGUUUUUUUUUGUAUUGUUUUUUUCCUGAAUAAGCACAUUGUUCCUAGACAGCAGAGCAUCAGUGAACAUGUUCCUCCCACACAGCACAGUGAGAAGACUUGCUGACGUUCCUUUAAGUAUUAGCUGCUGUUUUGGAUGAAAAGUGUCAUUGUAGGAGAACCGCAGAGCACGACAAGUCUCUUCUGUCUUCUGUUUUCUUCUGUCUCAUCUGUCCGGUUUGGCUGCAGGUUUGUUGGGGACCAGACUGAUGGUUUUCAUUGUGAUGGUUUCUGUCUCUGUCAGUUAAUUCCAAACCAGUGGCAGGAGCUGAAUGAAGAAACUAACUGGGUGAUGGCAUCGACGAGUUUACUCUUUUAGUUUAGAAUCUAGUUUAACCUCACAGGUGCAGCAGUCUGCAGGUCUUGUAAACUCGGUGUAUCAUUCUCCUUACUCUGUUAUUUGGGCCGGGCCCAAAACCUUCAUGCACACUUGUUCUUAUUGGAUUCAACAUCUGUGAUGACUAUCAACAGGCCAGAGGCGAACCAGAUUCUGUUUUUAUUCCUGUGGCUGAGAACUGAGCCAGGACUCUUUAUUUUUAAGAUGUUGCUGGUUUGUUGUUUGUUAAAGAGAGUUGCUAAAGUGGGGACACAUGGGUCCGGGGGUGUGUGUGUGUGUGUGUGUGUGUGUGUGGUUCCAGAGUAGAAUGUUUACAAUACUUUCACCUGCAGAUGAUUCUGACAGACCAGUUAUAUUUAUCUAUUUAUUUAUUUAAAUCUAGCCUUUUUCUGAUGAUGGUACUGGUUUGCUGGUCUCCCAGUUCAACACGGUGACAGGAGAUUGUUUACGUCAAUAGAUCUGACGCGUACAAUCGCUCAACAACACACUUUUUCUCCUCGUUUUGUCUUUAUGCCUCGGCCUGAAGCUCCAGCCAUGACGUUUGAUAUCCAGCAGAAAUAAUUGAGUAUUGAUUUUAGAAGCCUUGGGUUUAUUGGGAGCAGAGUGCUGCUGUGUCUGGAGCCGUCGGCGUAGUUGGAUGGAGUUUUUCUGUCUCGUCUUUGCUUGUUUGCUCGUCUUCUGUGGAUGACUUGUUGUAAGUCGCCCCGUUCAAAAUGGUGAUUCCAAACUCAGUGGGGUGUUCGUGUUUUGUUUUUACAAAAUGAAAAGUAAACGAUUUGUUUCUACAUGUGGUUUCUGACAGGCUGAGUGUGGCUGCAGUUGUGAACACUGACAGAGACAGAACUUGGACAAUGUUUCUCCUUUUGUUACUGUUUGAUCCUACAGCUCUUCUGUGCUCCCCUCCACCCCCGGCCCUCGUUGCUCUGUGACUGUGAAGAAACCUUUGAAUAUGUCUGCUUGCAUUAACCACUCCAUGUUUAAGUAGGAGCAUGAAAUGCUUUCUUUUUUAACUCUACUCAUCUUUGUAUGUCCUCACUCUCACAUUACACUCCACAUGUCACUCGCUGUUGCUGUUUAAUUCCAUGUGUUCAACCCACUUUGAAUGACACGGGGGGGGGGGGGGUGCAGAGGAGAUGAAUUAUUAUUGGUUAAAGGGAAAACGGGAAUGACGAAUCAGAUUUGCAACACCAUUAAUGUGAUCACGUUUAUUCCACAAGCAGAGCAAACCUGUUUUUCUUUAUUUCUCCUACUCUAUUGGUGUGUGUGUGUGUGUGUGUGUGUGUGUGUGUGUGUGUGUGUGUGUGUGUGUGUGUGUGUGUGUGUGUGUGUGUGUGUGUGUGUGUGUGUGUGUGUGUGUGUGUGUGUGUGUGUGUGUGUGUGUGUGUGUGUGUGUGUGUCGAUUAGGAGAUUAUUUCAUAUGUGUCGUGUGUGUUUGUGUAAGGAGAAAAACUACUUGGAACCUUUUUAUUAAACCCAUAACACGGGGAGGAAGCACUUGCAGAUAUUUGUACACACUCAUUCUGCACUUUGUGUGACUCCUCGUGCCUUUUUUCUAUGUGAAGUGUGAUCGGUUCUUUUCUCUUCCUCCUUUCUGAGUCUGAAGAGCUGCACAGUAUUUUUGACCAGGAGUGAGUUACUACAAAAACUGUAGUGCCAUUAGAAACUGUGAAUUCUUUCUAAAUAAAACCUUUUUUUUGUUGUCUUUCA